GGUCCAGAAUGAUAAGACCUGCUCCAAAUGACGUAGAGCAAUCUUGGAUUACCUCAAGGAAUAUCUGAUUACAAUUAUCCACAGGUACAGAUCGACACUGUGCAACAUUACAAAAAGCAUCAGGAUUAUUUACCUGGCUCUGGAAAAUGAGAAGGGACUACAGAGUAACAUAUGGGUUCAUUUGGACUUGGCUUUCAUUGUGGGUUAUUCAGUCUCAAGUUCAUUCAGGUUCCUCUAUGAUAUUUUGGACAGCAUAUGUAGAGGUGCACUAUUUGAGCCCAUCAACUAACCAAACGAUGAUCAGUGUGUGUGAGUGUGGAGUGUAUGUGUCUGAAUCACCUUUGAAACAAGCCUCUGGAUUUGUGGUGCUCCCAAAAUUAGAUGCACUGGCCUGCCAUCCAAAUACCACAUUUAAUAUUAAGGUGGAGCCAUGGAUAGCUCUUAUCAAAAGAGGCAACUGUACGCAUGCUGAGAAAAUUCAAGCCGCACAGCAACAGGGAGCAUCGGCUGUAGUUAUUUACAAUCUUGAUGGGACUGGAAAUGGGACAAACACGAUGUCUCAUGCAGGAACUGCCAACAUAGUGGCAAUCAUGAUUGGAAAUAUCCUGGGCAGAGACAUCACUGACCUUAUAGAGAGGGGGAUUGAAGUCUAUAUGAGCAUAGCAGUGGCUAGCCAACAUGGUCCCUGGAACCCUUUUUGGAUUUACAUCAUGUCUUUCAUCUUCUUUGGUAUAACAGCCAUCAUUAUGGGCUACUUCACCUUUGUAGUCAUUAGCCGGUUCUACCAAAACCGCCAGCUUCGGAUCCAGCAGAGAAAGCUUAAAAAAGUGGCAGAGAAUGCUGUUGCCAAAUUAGAAGUCCGGAUCCUUUGGCGGACUGAUCCGGAAGUUGAAGCAGAAGAGUGCAGCUGUGUUGUUUGCUUAGAUUCCUUUAUGAGGUGUGAUGUCGUGACAACUCUGCCUUGCAGCCAUCUUUUCCACAAAACAUGCAUUGAGCCAUGGUUACUGGAACACCACACCUGCCCAAUGUGUAAAUAUGACAUUCUGAACAAAGAUGCUGCUUUGAAACCUGGUCAUGAGUCCUCCAUACCUCCAGCAGAUGUCAGAUUUUAUCCAAGCUCUGUGUCCGGUUUACUGGGCAACUCAUCAGGUGUCGUCAGAUCUCCAGAGCAACAAGGAGAAGCUAGACUAAGCUUAAACACCCAAACUGCUGGAUCUGCCGAAGAGCAAGACAGAGGCAAAAUGGAUCACGGUUAUCUGAACCCAGCAUUUGAAGAGGAACAGGAGAACCAUCAGAGCCCUAACCAUCAGACACAUAAAGUUUAGAAUGUUCUGUUCGCUAGGAUGACACUAAAGGAUCAAUGUACAUAUAUGUACAAGAUACAGAAAGCAGCUUGAACAAUACAAUAAUCAAACACAUCACCAUGGUUUGCAUGUAUCUAAAUUCAAAUUAUAAUUGAAAAAACUGAAAAUUCUGAACACACUUUGAUAAGGGACAUUGCUGUAAAGUUUCUUUUGUAAGAAAAAACUUUGCACAUAAAGAUAGUUUUGAUUUAGCUUUUUUUUCUCCCCAUGACUAUGUGCUUACUGUGCUGCUAUGCAAAAUAAUUUCUAAAUGUUUUCAGUACAUCUGCAAGUUAAUCAUGCAUGUUUGUGAAGUGCAAUAUGCUAUAUUCCCACUCAUGAAUAUAAUAAUUAAUGGUGCUUGCAAAGCAACAUUCUUA